CGCAACGGGGUAGAGCUAAAAAUCCAACGUGAACGGGAGGGAGGAGAGGCGACAGGUUGAUAAAUACCCUCGCGAGCACGAAGGCGUCGCCAACCCAACAACCCGACCCAACCCAUCAGAAACCAAGCCAAUCAAGGCGGCGACCAGGAGGCGGAGGCGGAGGGGAUCGAGACCCAGCUGUGGAUCGCCAGGGGGAGGGGGAGACCGGACGUAGGAGCUUGGGCCGGAUGUCCCGCGGCGGCGGGGACUAGGACGACGGCGGGGAUCACCGGCGGUGAGAGGUGGAGGCGGGGGAGAGCGGCACCAUGUCUGCGGUAGUCUGUGGCAAGAGGUCCUCCUCCAUCUUCGCCGACGAGCUCCUCCCGCCGUCCCCUCCCUCUCCCCACUCCCAUCACCACCACCACCCGGCGGCCAAGAGGUCCCGCCGCUCCCCGCCGCACCGCGCCUUCGACGGCCACCGCCGGGGGGCGCUCCUGCACCAGCUACUCCCCUUCUUCCCUGACAUGGAUCCCCAGUUGCUUGAAAGAGCUCUGGAAGCAUCUGGAGAUGACUUGGAUUCUGCAAUAAAGAGUUUGAAUGAGCUGCGCUUGGAGUCAACAGAGGCUACCUUGUUAUCUACUGGUUUCAAAUCGGAAAAUGGUCAGCCUGCAGCAAUUGACCCAUCUGUUGAAGGUAUACCCAAUGGUGGCGUGGAUACAGCUACAGAACAUCCACCUGCUGUAGAUAAUUAUCGGACAGGUAAUAAUGGCUCCGAAUGGGUUGAGCUAUUUGUCAGAGAGAUGACGAAUGCUUCUGACAUAGAUGAUGCACGGGCUCGUGCGUCGAGAGCUUUGGAAGCUUUGGAGAAGUCCAUUGUAGAGCGUGCAGGAGCUGAAGCUAUGCUGAACUUGCAUAAGGAAAACACGAUGCUUAAGGAGCAAUUGACAGUCGUUCUGGGAGAGAAUGCUGUCCUGAAGCGUGCGGUGGCCAUUCAACAUGAGCGCCAAAAGGAGUUUGAUGAGAGGUCUCAGGAAGUCCAAAGCUUGAAGCAACUUGUUUUGCAGUACCAGGAGCAAGUGAGGACUCUGGAGAUAAACAACUAUGCUCUCACAAUGCAUCUCAAGCAGGCUCAGCAGAACAACUCUAUGCCCGGACGUUUUAAUCCUGAUGUAUUUUAGCUUAAGCUCCAGGAUGAUCCGCUACAGAUUAAUAAUCUAUGAAGAUGUCUUAUUUUAUCCUACUGCCCCGUGGAAUGGGCAUAAGGGAUAGGUGGAUUAACCACCCACAGGUCCAAAACUUUCCAAGUUAUGUUGAUUCAAAUGUGUUGCUCAUAUAAUUUGCUAUUAAAUAUAUAAUAUUCUUUCACCA